GCCAUGUCGAGCAGAGAGGUUGACGCGCUCCUCGAGAAGCUCGCCCACAUCAACGUCGAGAUGGGCGGCCAGGAGACGCGGAAGGACCGCGCCAAGGCCGCCGACCGCUUUGGCGAGCUCCGCAUCAAGAUCAGCGACCGGCUCCAUGGCCUCAAGAUCACGCUCACCGAGAUGGCCCAGCCUACUUCGGCCAAGAAGCCGCAGCAUCCGCGCGAGAAGAUCAAGCAGCAGCAAGGCGUGCGCGACGACAUUCGGCUCGUCGAGGAAGACCUCGCCGAGAUGGCCGAGUGCUACGAAACCGAGAUGAAGAAGAAAAAGAGCAAGUUCUCGCCCGAAGAGCUCGCUAUCCGAAAAGACUUUGUCGACCAAUACACGUCGGAGCUCGCAUUCAUCAAGGAGCAAGCCUCGAGUGCGUACGUCAAGGCGAGCCCAGGCUUGCGCUCGCCAGGCGGUGGGCUCGGUUUUGACCGUGCUGCCCUCUUUGGCAUCCCGUCCGCGACAACGACAACCGAGUUUGCGGGCUUUGCCGACCGCACCGGCAGUGGUGGCACCGGUGUGCAUAACGCGAGCGGCGGCGGUGGCCCGAGCUACCACGAAGAGGAAGUGACAAGCGAACACCGCGAUAUUAUGCUUCAGAUCGAGCAAAAAGAUCAGCACAUCGAUGGGAUGGUCGAGCAAAUCGGAACCGGUGUCAUGGAGCUCGGCGUCUUGGCGCGCGGCUUGAACGAGGAAUUGCAAAAGCAAAACAUGAUGCUGGAUGGGCUCGAAGAGCGUAUCGACAACACCCAAGCCACCGUCGAGAACCUCAAUCUCAAAAUGAAAAAGACGCUCGAGCAAGUCGGUCGCAGCGGCGACAAGUGCAUGAUGGACUUCAUCUGCCUCGUGAUUCUGCUCGGCAUCCUCGCCGUUGUCUACAACAUGUUUCUCAAGAAGGACGGCACGACGCCAACGGCCAAGUAGACAAUAUUGACAUGUGCUUGUGCGAACGACGCUGCGUAGCUUUUUUAAGUUAAUCAAAGGUUAUGAGGAUCUUAG